UUCUGUACUACAGAUCCCAGGGUCUCUGUAGCGUGUGUGUGUGUGUGUGUGUGUGUGUGUGUGUGUGUGUGUUUAUGUGGUGGGGAGAGUCCUGAGUGCUGUGUGUGCCUGCGGGUGUGCCUGGGCCUCUGGCCUAGGGGAGUGCACGUGUGACAGGCCUGCCUGUAGUUGGGUGUGAGGGGAGAGGCCCCCCUGCUCCUCUGUGCCGCUGGCACUGGGCCUGGGUCCCCACCACCUCGGCCUGGCCUGGCGGGACUCCAGCGGACGCCCUCGGGGUCUGCAGCUUCUCCUGUCAUCGGAAAUGCCAGGCCAAGGUGGCUGCCCCUUGUGUUCCUCCAUCCAGCCAUGAACUGGUGCCCAUCACCACGGAGAGCGUACCCAAGAAUGUAGUGGAUGUGGGGGAAGGAGACUGCAAGGGUGGAAGCUCUCCCAGAAGCCUCCAGGAGGGCGACUCCAUGAGAGUUUCGCCAAGCAUCCACCCGCAGCCACAGCCUGUCAGUCUCUCUAGAAACAUGAGUGUGAGCCGGGCCAUGGAGGACAGCUGUGAGCUGGACCUGGUGUACGUCACCGAGCGCAUCAUCGCCGUGUCCUUCCCCAGCGCGGCCAAUGAGGAGAACUUCUGCAGCAACCUCCGUGAAGUGGCCCAGAUGCUGAAGUCCAAACAUGGGGGCAACUACCUGCUCUUCAACCUCUCUGAGCAGAGGCCUGACAUCACGAAGCUCCAUGCUAAGGUCCUGGAAUUUGGCUGGCCUGAUCUGCACACACCAGCCCUGGAGAAGAUAUGCAGUGUCUGCAAGGCCAUGGACACCUGGCUCAAUGCAGACCCCCACAAUGUUGUUGUUCUCCACAACAAGGGAAACCGAGGCAGGAUUGGGGUUGUCAUCGCCGCGUAUAUGCACUACAGCAACAUUUCCGCCAGUGCUGACCAGGCCCUGGACCGGUUUGCAAUGAAGAGAUUCUAUGAGGAUAAGAUUGUGCCCAUUGGCCAGCCAUCCCAGAGGAGGUAUGUGCACUACUUCAGCGGCCUCCUCUCUGGCUCCAUCAAAAUGAACAACAAGCCCUUGUUCCUGCACCAUGUGAUCAUGCACGGCAUCCCCAACUUUGAGUCUAAAGGAGGGUGCCGGCCGUUUCUGCGCAUCUACCAAGCCAUGCAACCUGUGUACACAUCUGGCAUUUACAACAUCCCCGGAGACAGCCAGGCCAGCAUCUGUAUCACCAUUGAACCAGGGCUGCUCCUGAAGGGAGACAUCUUGCUGAAGUGUUAUCACAAGAAGUUCCGGAGCCCGGCUCGCGAUGUCAUCUUCCGGGUGCAGUUCCACACCUGCACCAUCCAUGACUUGGGGGUUGUUUUUGGGAAGGAAGACCUGGAUGAGGCCUUCAAAGAUGAUCGAUUUCCUGAUUACGGCAAAGUGGAGUUUGUAUUUUCCUAUGGGCCAGAGAAAAUUCAAGGCAUGGAACACCUGGAGAAUGGGCCUAGUGUAUCUGUAGACUAUAACACCUCGGACCCCCUCAUCCGAUGGGAUUCCUACGACAACUUCAAUGGACAUCGUGAGGAUGGCAUGGAGGAAGUGGUGGGUCACACUCAAGGGCCACUGGAUGGGAGUCUGUAUGCCAAAGUGAAGAAGAAGGAUUCCCUGAAUGGCAGCUCAGGGCCUGUCACUACUGCACGGCCUGCCCUGUCAGCCACUCCCAACCAUGUGGAACACACACUGUCUGUGAGCAGCGACUCUGGCAACUCCACAGCCUCCACCAAGACAGACAAGACCGAUGAGCCUGUUUCUGGGGCUGCCCCUGCCCCUGCUUCUCUGAGUCCUCAGGAGAAGAAGGAGCUAGAUCGCCUGCUAAGCGGCUUUGGUGUAGAUAAAGAGAAGCAAGGCGCCAUGUACCGGGCUCAGCAACUCAGGUCCCACCCAGCUGGGGGCCCAACUGUGUCCUCCCCUGGCCGCCACAUCGUCCCAGCCCAGGUUCACGUCAAUGGUGGGGCUCUGGCAUCUGAGCGGGAGACGGACAUUCUGGAUGAUGAGCUGCCCAUUCAGGAUGGGCAGAGUGGGGGCAGCAUGGGCACACUGUCCUCCCUGGAUGGGGUCACCAACACCAGCGAAGGUGGAUACCCAGAGACUCUGUCCCCACUGACCAAUGGUCUGGACAAGUCCUAUUCCACAGAACCCAUGCUCAAUGGUGGAGGCUACCCCUAUGAGGCUGCCAACCGGAUGGUACCCCACAGCAGUCACUCGGCCCCCAUUCGGCCCUCCUACUCAGCUCAGGAGGGUUUAGCUGGCUACCAACGUGAGGGACCCCACCCAGCCUGGUCACAAGUGACCAGCGCCCACUGUGGCUAUGACCCCAGUGGUCUGUUCCGAUCCCAGUCCUUUCCAGAUGUGGAGCCCCAGCUGCCCCAAGCUCCAGCCCGUGGGGGCAGCAGCCGAGAGGCUGUGCAGAGGGGCCUGAAUUCUUGGCAGCAGCAGCAGCCUCACCCACCUCCCCGACAGCAGGAAAGAGCCCCCUUGCAGAGUCUUGCCAGUAGCAAGCCUAGCCCCCAGCUGUCAGCAGAAACCCUUAUACCUACUCUCCCAGAGUUCCCAAGAGCGGCCUCCCAGCAGGAGAUCGAGCAGUCCAUUGAAGCCCUUAAUAUGCUGAUGCUGGACUUGGAGCCGACUUCAGUGGCUGCCCCUCUUCAUAAGUCCCAGAGUGUCCCUGGGGCCUGGCCAGGGGCUUCCCCACUUGCUUCCCAGCCCCUCUUGGGCUCUUCCCGCCAGUCCCACCCACUGACCCAGUCCCGAUCUGGCUAUAUCCCUAGUGGGCAUUCCCUGGGAGCCCCAGAGAUGGUCUCUUCUGGCAGGUCUUAUUCACCUUAUGAUUAUCAGCUGCGUCCAGCUGGAUCCAACCAGAGUUUCCUUCCAAAAAGCCCAGCCUCUUCUGCCUUCCUUCCAAGCCCCCAUAGUUCUGCGGGGCCUCAAGAGCCCCCAACCUCUCUUCCUGGUCUCGUCACUCAGCCUCAACUCCCACCAAAGGAAACUACUUCAGACCCCUCCCGAACUCCAGAGGAAGAACCACUGAACCUGGAAGGGCUGGUGGCUCACCGGGUAGCAGGGGUUCAGGCUCGGGAGAGGCAGCCCAUAGAGCGCCCAGCCCCGCUGCGGAGGCGAGCAGCCAGUGAUGGACAGUAUGAGAACCAAUCUCCAGAGGCCACAUCCCCCCGAAGUCCUGGGGUCCGCUCCCCCGUCCAGUGCGUCUCCCCUGAGCUGGCUCUCACCAUUGCCCUCAAUCCUGGAGGGAGGCCCAAAGAGCCCCAUCUGCAUAGCUACAAGGAGGCCUUUGAGGAGAUGGAGAGGACCUCCCCAAGUGGCCCGCCAUCCAGUGGGGUGCGUUCUCCUCCAGGUCUGGCCAAGACACCCCUGUCUGCUCUGGGUCUGAAGCCCCACAAUCCAGCCGACAUCCUCCUGCACCCCACAGGUGAGCCCAGGAGCUAUGUGGAGUCUGUGGCAAGGACAGCGGUGUCAGGACCUCGAACUCAGGAUGUUGAGCCCAAGAGCUUCAGUGCCCCGGCUGCCCACGCCUAUGGACAUGAGACACCCCUGAGGAAUGGGACCCCGGCUGGCUCCUUCAUCUCCCCCAGCCCCCUUUCCACAAGCAGUCCCAUCCUCAGUGCUGACAGCACUUCCGUGGGCAGUUUCCCAUCAGCGGGGAGCAGUGACCAGGGUCCACGGACACCCAUCCAGCCCAUGCUGGACUCCAGCAUCCGCUCAGGCAGCCUGGGGCAGGCGAGUCCAGCAGCACUCAGUUACCGAAGCUCAUCACCGGUGCCGGCUGGUGGCAGCAGCUACAGCAGCCCUGACUACUCCCUUCAGCCAUUCAGCUCUGCUUCAGAGAGCCCAGCCCAGCCCCAGUUCAGUGCGGCCACUGUCCACAUGGUGCCUGGGAGCCCUCAGGCACGACAUAGGACAGUGGGCACCAACACUCCACCUAGUCCUGGCUUUGGCCGGCGGGCUAUCAAUCCCACCAUGGCUGCCCCUGGUAGUCCCAGUUUGAGCCACCGGCAGGUGAUGGGCCCUGGUUUCCAUGGUAAUGUGGUUUCUGGCCACCCAAGCAGUGCAGCAACCACUCCUGGAAGCCCCAGCUUGGGCCGCCACGCAGUGGGAAGCCAUCAGGUUCCAGGCCUCCACAGCAGUGUGGCCACCACACCAGGAAGUCCAAGCCUGGGCCGACACCCCGGAGCCCACCAAGGGAAUCUGGCCUCCAGUCUCCAUGGCAAUGCAGUCAUCAGCCCUGGGAGUCCCAGCUUGGGCCGGCACCUGGGUGGAUCUGGAUCUGUGGUUCCUGGAAGCCCCAGCUUGGACCGGCAUGCGGCUUAUGGUGGCUACUCUACUCCUGAGGACCGACGACCAACGCUGUCCCGGCAGAGCAGUGCCUCCGGCUACCAGGCUCCUUCCACACCUUCCUUCCCUGUCUCCCCUGCCUAUUACCCUGGCCUGAGCAGCCCUGCCACCUCGCCCUCACCAGACUCAGCAGCCUUCCGGCAAGGGAGCCCCACACCAGCCUUGCCAGAGAAGCGGAGAAUGUCUGUGGGAGAUCGGGCAGGCAGCCUCCCCAACUACGCCACCAUCAAUGGGAAAGUGUCUUCCUCACCCAUUGCCAAUGGAAUGUCCAGUCCCGGUGGGAGCAGCACAGUCUCCUUCUCCCACACGCUUCCAGACUUUUCCAAGUACUCUAUGCCAGACAAUAGUCCCGAGACACGGGCUAAAGUGAAGUUUGUCCAAGACACUUCCAAGUAUUGGUACAAGCCAGAGAUCUCCAGAGAGCAGGCCAUUGCACUCCUGAAGGAUCAGGAGCCAGGGGCCUUCAUCAUCCGUGACAGCCACUCCUUCCGAGGGGCCUAUGGGCUGGCCAUGAAGGUGUCCUCGCCCCCUCCAACCAUCACUCAGCAGGGCAAGAAAGGAGACAUGACCCAUGAGCUGGUGAGGCACUUCCUGAUAGAGACAGGCCCCAGAGGAGUCAAGCUCAAGGGCUGUCCUAAUGAGCCAAACUUUGGCUCCCUGUCUGCUUUGGUCUAUCAGCACUCCGUCAUCCCACUGGCCCUGCCCUGCAAACUGGUCAUUCCAAGCCGAGACCCCACAGAUGAAUCAAAAGAUAGCUCAGGCCCUGCCAACUCAACCACUGACCUGCUGAAGCAAGGAGCAGCUUGCAAUGUGCUCUUCAUCAAUUCUGUGGAUAUGGAGUCACUCACCGGGCCACAGGCCAUUUCCAAAGCCACGUCUGAGACUUUGGCUGCUGACCCCACACCAGCUGCCACCAUUGUCCACUUCAAGGUCUCUGCCCAAGGAAUCACACUGACUGACAAUCAGAGAAAGCUCUUCUUUAGACGGCACUACCCCCUCAAUACUGUCACCUUCUGUGACCUGGAUCCACAAGAAAGAAAGUGGAUGAAGACAGAGGGAGGAGCCCCUGCUAAGCUCUUCGGCUUUGUGGCCCGGAAGCAGGGCAGCACCACGGACAACGCUUGCCACCUCUUCGCAGAGCUUGACCCCAACCAGCCUGCUUCUGCUAUCGUCAACUUCGUCUCCAAGGUCAUGCUAAGUGCUGGCCAGAAGAGAUGAAUCCUGGAGUCCUUGCCCAAGGCUGAGGCACUGGGGAUGGGGCAUGUGGGAGAGGGGACCUGUGAAUCCUGACCACCUUAAAUCCAGAAAGAGGACUUUUGGGUUGACUGUGGAGAAGGCGAGAAGGAAGUGCAGCACCUGGGAGAGGGACUUGAAUGGUGGAGGGGAGGGAAAAGGGAGGAGGAGAAAGCAAGGAUGGAAGAGAGGAACUCAGAAUCCCCUGUACAGAUGGAAGCCAUGCCUAUCAAAGCCCCUCCAGCUAGCUGGGGGCCCUGGCUCCCCUCCCCCUCUGAGAGAAUUGAGCCCCCACAGGGAACACACAGGCCUCUUUUGGUGGUGGUGGUGGUGGUGGGGGGGGGGACACCAGAUUUCACAGAGCAGUGACAAGCUUAUUCUCCCUACCCUCCUACCUUGAGAGAAGAAGCUGAACCUACUUCUCUGGAGGUAAGGUUGCUAAACCCAGUGACCAGCGUGUGACAUCAGGUGGUGACACUCUUUUACAUUUUGCUCACCUGAGGCACCCAUGGGCCGUGCUUGCUCUGACUUCUUGUUGUGGGGUGUAAAAUGUGCCCCAGCCUCCCCGUGCACUGAUCACUGAUCGAUACCUGCCUCUAUCCACUCGAAUUACAAACAGCUCUGCUUGUCUGUGACCCUUGUGAUACACACUGACCAAAGAAGGCUAGGGAUAUGGGGUGGCAUGGCGCCAGGGCAGAGACAAGCUGUCUCCUGAAGGAGCGUAGCAUUAUGGAUAGCAGAGUCCUCUCUCUGUUCCUACAACUGCCCUUUAGUGGCCCUGGGGGCCUCCAGCCUGUCCCCGGUAGCAACCCUGGUACAGAGGGCAAAGCCCACCUGCUGCAUUAGCCUUGCUCUGUCUCCGAGACUGAAGCUGGGCUGGAGGAAGAAGCUAUGUCCACGGUCUUGGGAAAGAUAGCCAUUAGGGAAGGGUGGCAUCUUUUCUUGGCUUGCGGAGAGUUGGACAUACGCACGGAUAGUGUCCAGCGUUGGUUGGGCAUGCGCACUGAUGGUAUCCAGGACUCUGCCUUAUUCCCUUCUCACAGCCCCAUUCCUGGGCCGGGAGUGCCAGCACUAGCUUUGUCCUUGCUCACCUGCUUGAGGCCUACUGGGGGACGGGAGCUAUGCCUUUCUGACCUACUCUGUCCUAUGUAGUCCUUCUGUUGGCUUAUCCCAGGAGCCUGCUCCCCAAAGUCCUGCCCAGGGCACCUGGGGAGGCCUGGAGCCCCUGUUUUCCUCUCUGUGUUUUGGGGUCUGACGGUUGCGGAUCCCUUUCUGGCUGGGCUGCCCACGUGGUCCUCCUACAAUGCCAAAGCUUCCCUGUUCCCCUUCUGCCUCAGUUUCCCCAGCAGAACCAUGUUGCCUGUGGGACAGAGGAUAGAAUGUAUGAAAUUAGGCCAAAGGUCCUAUGGUCCGUUUGUGGGGUUGGGAAGGUCCCUGUCACCACUCAGGCCUCCAUUUAAGCCCAUGGGGGUCCCUAGGGGUGGUAUUGUACUGAUAUAUAAAUAUAUAUAAUAUAUACAUGAGACAUACUGAUAGAAUCUGUAAGCUAAUAAAAAUAUAAGAAAAGGUUAAAAAAGAA